UAACUCUCUCUCUUCUCAAGGAACAGAAACACUCACAAAUAUUGUGACCUGUUAUUGCUGAGGAGAGAGAACAUCAAAGAAUCGUGAGGUUGUUGUUCGAACAAGAUUGAUAGCAUCAAGAACUGUUUUUUUUUUCUCUCGCCUUAAAGUUGGCAACUUAUUCAGUAGUAUUCGGUUUCUGUUGCAUAUUCUUUUUUUGUUUUCCUUUCCUCUCUGAAGCCUAGAGCUGCCCCUGGUUGAGCCUUUACUGUGGGGUUCUUAAUGGCGAGUUUUGUGAUAUCAGAAUGUGGUUUGAGGCCUCUUCCUCUUAUCUACGCUAGACCCAGAGCUGGAGUCGUCUCGAGGAACUCUUCAAAACCCAGAUUUUUACAUACAAGCAAGAACUUUUCAGAUCUAAAAACAACAAAGUCGAUACAAUUCUUUACUGGGGUUUUUGAAGACAGAAACUGGGGGCUGAAAGUGAGUGCUCCAUUGAAAGUUGCAUCCAUAGAAGAAGAUGAGGAAAGAGAAGAGAGAAUCCGUUAUGUUAACGGGUUUGGAGAACAAAAAGAAGAGUCAGGAUUCGACCCAGGGGCGCCGCCACCGUUCAAAUUAGCUGAUAUAAGAGCUGCCAUACCAAAGCAUUGUUGGGUAAAGGAUCCAUGGAAAUCUAUGAGCUACGUGGCGAGGGAUGUUGCUGUGGUUUUUGGCCUUGCUGCUGCUGCGGCUUAUCUCAACAACUGGCUUGUUUGGCCUCUUUACUGGGCUGCUCAAGGGACCAUGUUUUGGGGUAUUUUCGUUCUUGGCCAUGAUUGCGGCCAUGGGAGCUUUUCAAACAAUCCCAAGCUAAACAGUGUAGUGGGGCAUAUCUUGCAUUCUUCGAUUCUUGUGCCUUAUCAUGGAUGGAGAAUUAGCCAUAGGACUCAUCAUCAAAACCAUGGGCAUGUUGAGAAUGAUGAAUCAUGGCACCCGUUAUCUGAGAAGACAUACCGGAGUUUGGAUAAUGUAACUCAAACAUUGCGGUUCAUGUUGCCUUUUCCCAUGCUUGCAUAUCCUUUCUACCUUUGGAACAGAAGUCCAGGGAAGACAGGUUCUCACUUUGACCCAAACAGUGAUCUGUUUGUCCCAAGUGAGAGAAAAGAUGUGAUUACUUCCACCUUAUGUUGGACGGCAAUGGCUGCUAUUCUUGUUGGGUUAGGCUUCACAAUGGGUCCUACGCAGUUGCUUAAACUAUACGGUAUUCCGUACUGGAUAUUUGUAAUGUGGUUGGAUUUCGUUACAUACUUGCAUCACCAUGGUCAUGAAGAGAAGCUUCCUUGGUACCGUGGAAAGGAAUGGAGUUACUUGAGGGGAGGCCUUACAACACUUGACCGUGACUAUGGAUGGAUCAAUAACAUCCACCAUGACAUUGGAACCCAUGUCAUACACCAUCUCUUUCCUCAGAUCCCUCACUACCACUUGGUAGAGGCGACUGAGGCUGCUAAGCCAGUUCUUGGAAAAUACUACCGGGAGCCAGAAAAAUCAGGUCCUCUACCUUUUCACCUGAUUGGAAGUUUGAUAAGAAGCUUGAAGAAAGAUCACUAUGUUAGUGACACUGGAGAUGUUGUGUACUACCAAAGUGACCCAGAGCUUAAAGACCCUUCUAAGUGAGCGAUGAUUCUUCAUAACAUUCCUCAGCUGGAACAGCGGAGAACUUGCUUAAGAGAUCAUUUAAGUUGUGAAGUAGAAUUAACAAGGGCAAUUGGAGCCCUUCUUUUUGAGGGGGUGGCAAGGCAUAUAAUGCAGGGUAUUUUUUUUUUCUAUAUUGCCAUUAAGGAAAAUUUAUAUUUAUUCUUUACAAGAGAAAUAACUGCUUAAGCUAAAUUAACAUUGAUUGCUUGAUUAAAUCCUCUGCAAAAAUGGAGAAAAGGAGUUCACAAAAGAAUGAGUUCUUGUUAUUUACCCUUAAGACAUGUGAGAAAUGGAGACAUCAAGUUACCUCUUUA